AUGCCGAACACCGUGACCUCCGCGUCCGUCGACCAGAACCUUGCCCUCGCCAAGCAAUGCUCGCGAGAGGCCGCCCUCGCAGGGUUCAAGGCAGCAGCUAUCGGGACCGUCGCCUCUGCAAUUCCCACCCUGGCGAGCGUCAGGAUGCUGCCAUGGGCUAAGGCCAACAUCAACCCCGCUGGCCAGGCCCUCAUCAUCUCCACAGGAAAACUGGAUCCUGCAGUUGCUGGCAUGGCCUACUUCAUCGCGGCGGAUAAGAAGAUCCUCGCGCUGGCGAGGCAGCACUCCUACGAGAACGCACCUGAGCACCUCAAGGACACCUUCCAGGGCACCGCCCGUCCCCACCCAGGGUUCUUCAGGCCGUGA